AUGGCUAGAGCUAACAAAAUCACCACAUUUCUCAUUUUCCUACUUUUCAAUUUGCUACUCACUUAUCAAUCUCUAGCAAAACAAAGAAACCCUAAUACAACAUUGAUUCUUGGUCUCACACAUUCUAGGGCUUCUCUUCCUAUCCCAAGUGCUUUCACCAACUCAAGAAAAAGACCAACACAAGCUUUAGACAUGAUGGAGCCAUUGAGGGAAGUAAGAGAUGGGUAUUUAAUAUCUCUAAACAUGGGUACCCCUCCACAGGUGAUUCAAGUUUAUAUGGAUACUGGGAGUGACCUCACUUGGGUUCCUUGUGGGAAUCUAUCUUUCAAUUGUGUAGAUUGUGAUGAUUAUAAGAAUACUAAGUUAAUGGGUAUUUUUUCUCCUUCUUAUUCUUCUUCAUCUUAUAGAGAUUCUUGUGCUAGUCGCUAUUGCAUUGAUAUCCAUAGUUCUGAUAACUCCUAUGACCCAUGCACUGUGGCUGGAUGCUCACUCACUACCCUUGUUAGAGUCUCCUGUUCUAGGCCAUGUCCUUCAUUUGCUUAUACCUAUGGGGAAGGAGGGCUUGUCACUGGGACACUAACCAAGGAUACACUUAGGGUUCAUGGAAUUGGCUCUGGAGGUACUAGAGAUAUUCCAAAUUUCUGUUUUGGGUGUGUGGGAUCUACGUAUCAUGAGCCAAUUGGGAUUGCAGGGUUUGGUAGAGGUGCACUUUCUUUUCCUUCACAAUUAGGUCUCCUUCAAAAGGGCUUCUCCCAUUGUUUCUUGGCCUUUAAAUAUGCAAAUAACCCUAAUAUCUCAAGCCCAUUAGUUAUAGGAGAUAUGGCCUUAUCUUCUAUAAAUAAAAUGCAAUUUACCCCCAUGUUGAAGAGUCCCAUGUACCCUAAUUACUACUACAUUGGUUUAGAAUCUAUAACAGUAAGCAAUAUUAGUGCAACUCAAGUGCCCUUAAGUUUGAAAGAGUUUGAUUCACAAGGUAAUGGAGGUAUGUUAAUAGAUUCAGGAACCACUUAUACUCAUUUACCUGAACCAUUCUAUUCGCAACUUCUCUCCAUUCUAGAGUCGGUGAUAAAUUAUCCAAGAGCCACAGAAGUAGAAAUGCGAACUGGAUUUGAUCUAUGUUAUAAGGUUCCAUGUCCAAACAAUAAUAAUAGUUUAACAGAUGAUGAUCAUCUUUUUCCUUCAAUCACUUUUCAUUUCUUGAACAAUGUGAGUCUUGCUUUGCCAAACGGAAACCACUUUUAUGCUAUGAGUGCUCCCAGUAACUCCACUGUGGUGAAGUGUCUAUUGUUCCAAAGCAUGGAUGAUGGAGACUAUGGACCAGCUGGAGUCUUUGGUAGCUUUCAACAACAAAAUUUAGAGGUUGUUUAUGAUUUAGAGAAUGAGAGAAUUGGGUUUCAAUCAAUGGACUGUGCUUCAGCUGCAACUUAUCAAGGACUUCAUAAGAAGUAA